AUGCAGUCAGGAUACAUCGACUUCAAGACCGGCGAUGACAUCCUACAAACCUGGUUCACCGUUGUCGGCAAUCUGCAUUCUGGCCGCCGUCCCCUCGUACUUCUGCACGGCGGGCCAGGGAUCCCUUCCGCCUAUAUGCGUCCCCAUCUCGACUGGGCCCAAUCGUCUGGCGUACCUGUUGUCCUGUAUGAUCAAGUUGGGUGCGGCAAGUCCACCCAUCUGCAGGGCAAAGAGGCAGCCUUCUUCACUGUGGAACUAUACAUGGACGAGCUCGAGAACGUUCUCGCUCACCUCGGUAUCACAGACGCUUUCGAUCUCCUCGGGCACUCCUGGGGAGGCAUGCUUGCAUCUGACUGGGUGACCACUCGUCACCCAGCGGGACUCCAUCAUCUCAUCCUCGCUGACUCACUCGCGUCCAUCGAGUUGUGGAAGGCCUCCGUCAAUAAGUUGCUCGAACGUUUCCCGAAGGAGUUUCAGGAAAUGCUGCGGAGGCACGAGGAGAACGGGACAACAGAUGACGAGGAGUAUCAAGAAGGCAUGAUGAAGUUCUAUCGAAAGCACAUGUGUACCGUCGACCCUUGGCCACAAGAGCUCAACGACGCAUUUGCCGCGCUGGGAGAAGACCCCACGGUUUACUUCACUAUGUUCGGGGUCUCCGAGUUCAUGAUCAAUGGCACGCUCAAGGAUUGGUCUGUUGUCGAUCGAUUGCACACCAUCACUUGUCCGACGCUCAUCCUCAAUGGGGUUGACGACGAAGCCCAGGAAGAAUGUGUCGGGCCGCUCUUUCUUAAGAUUCCCAGGGCUAGAUGGAUUCAACUGGCAAAGAGUAGCCACAUGCCGUUCUUUGAAGAGCCAGAGCGGUACUUUGAGUUAAUCAGCGAGUUCCUAUCCUUGUAA